AUGGUUCGCACAGUUUAUUCUCCGGAAUAUUGUUUGCAGUAUCUUGAACAAAAUGCAAAUAAUGAAAUCUUUUCGUUGGGUUUAAUUUUAGGUCAAAUUAUAGAUGCACGUGAAAGCGUAAUCCACUUAGCCCGGACGCCCGAAGAGAAAAUCCUAGAUAGUGGUUCAGAGACUAGCUAUUCUCAGGAUAAAAAUGACGACCACGGAAACCUUAUUGGAAUUUCUGAAGCCUGGGUAGCUGAUCACGCUAAACAUGUUACUAGGAUGCUGCCUGGAGGCAUUAUUGCUAUUUCCUUUUCAGGCAUAUUCGUUAUUUGUGAGGAGGAUGUUUUUGAUGAACCAAAUCUUUUUGGUAAAAUAAAAUUGAUUCUAAACUAUGUGUACAAAUCAUUGAGCACAAACCCUUACAUGUAUGGUAACUGCCCAAAUACUAAUGAUAGGUUGGUGUUACAUAUGUCAACAAGUACCAAAGUACUUAAGUGUAAAAGUGUAGAAGUUGGUACAAGUAAAUUUGCAAUUACACCUGUGGAGUGGAAGUUUCUCCCAAAGUCACAGCAAUGGCAAAGACUGGACUGCUAUUACGAGUUUGAUGAAGUUUACCCAGUAGUUGUAAAGAAGAGCGGGAUUUCUGUUAAGCAACAAUUUCAGCAAAUCUUAGAAUCAGCACAUAAAACUAUCCAGUCCAGUGUAAUGUUCAUUGAUGGAGAACUCAAAGAUGGAACAGAAUCUUUAGAUCUUUUGGUGAAGAAGAAGAAAACCAAGACCGGCUCGAAAACCACUCAACACACACAUGAUGGUUCAAAAUCAAUGCAAGUCUCUUUAUUUGUGCCUUUUGAAAACUCGCUACCUGAGUCAGUAGAAUACAUGGAAUGUGAUGGCAGUAUACAUUUCAGUGGAGUGGUGUCAUCAAGUAUAUUCAUGUUUCCAAAGGCAACCGUUGCAGAGGCCAUCACAGCUGUCAAAGAGGAUAUCAUACGGUCCCUUGCAUCUAGAUUUACUAUGCAUUGUGAUGCUCUAAUUGAUGAUAAUUUAUUGCCUGAAGAAAAAGUGUGCUUCAAUGAACCUCCACGCAGAGUGCUAGUGCCUGUUGGACCGUUGUAUUUAUGUGACUACUUAUUCCCUGGUGAAACACCUGCCGAGGCACUGCUCUCGGUCAGAGAGUUAUUAGAUCUGAAGAUCACAGAGGCGGAUGUUGUCUGUGAUGUGGAGACUCCUGCAGAUACAUCGGAAUUCGACGCUUUGGACAGAGACGCGAGUAGCGAAGAGUUAUUGGCGACUCCUCAGGAAGCUAGUCAGUUUAUGUACAUAACAGGGAUUUGUUUUGCCAUGUUGGUUCUUAUUGUCUCCAUCAUAGUACAUUAUUACGAUGCGAUCGUAGAAUUUGUGGGUAAAAUUAUUUCCAAACAUUAAUUUUCUUGGUGGAUUUCUAUAUUUACAUUCCACAUGCAAAAUAGGCGCUUUGUUGUCGAGUUGCGGACACCAGUCCGUUGCGCCAAGUACUAAGUUCUAUAUUUACAUUAAGCGUGAGUUUUUAUGUCGCCUUUAACGUAUCAAUUUUAUGCUUUUCAUUUUUUCAUUAUAUUGACGAUUAAUUAUUUAUAGCAGUAUAUUUGGUGGGCAAAUAACUUCCUCGUCAUUGUUAAAUGCAAGGAAGUCAUUCCAAACUGUCGGCAGUCAUUAUUCCUAUGUCGGCUGUACACUCUCGUCCCAGUGCUCUCGCCGAUAGUGCCCACGCGAGAGGCCUUUUCACGAAUGCGCCCAUGUACUCUCUUAUAUUUGUUGCGGUUGCGAAUGCCGAGAAGAUGGACGCAUUAGAAACUGUUACUUUAUGCGCUAUCAAUUACUGUAAUAUGUAUGUAUGUACGUACAUAUCAUACAAAAAAACUUUCACUCGGGCGCAAAAAGCCGCCCCGGGAGCUAGCCGGCGAGGGACACCAAGAAAUCCGAGGCUAGGCAAGUGCUUUCCUGUAUACUCUCGCACUCGUCAUGUCUUGAGAUUUCUCUACGAGAGUGUACAGCCGCCAUAAAGAUAUAUUCGUAGGAAAGGUACGAAUAUAUAACGUCUAAGAGUGGACGCGCGUUUGCAUCGUUACACUUGUGAUUUAUAUCGAUGCAUUUCAUUGUAUCAUCAUCAUCGCUGCUUAAAAUCGCGCGCGUGUGUAAAGGUAGACGAUUAACGAUUGCUACUGCAUCUCUGCUAAAAGUCGCCGUCUGUAACCGCUCUAACGUGCACUUGGAAAAUAUUACAGUAAAUUUAUAUUUAUACAGUA